GCCGGUGCGGGCGUCGUGCGUGCGCGUGCGCGGCGGCCCAGAAAGCGGCGCUCGGACCCUGAGGCGGCUUUGCGGCGGCUCCUCGGCGGCUCCGCGCUCCGCGCUCCCGGCUCCCCGCGCUCCUCCUCCGGGCCCGCCAGCCGGGGCCGCUCCGGGCGCAGGAAGAUGCCGGCUGUGUCCAAGGGGGACGGGAUGCGGGGCCUGGCGGUCUUCAUCUCGGAUAUCCGCAACUGCAAAAGUAAAGAAGCAGAAAUAAAGAGGAUAAACAAGGAACUGGCCAAUAUUAGAUCAAAAUUUAAAGGUGACAAGGCUCUUGAUGGCUACAGUAAAAAAAAAUAUGUCUGCAAGUUACUCUUUAUCUUUCUUCUUGGCCACGACAUUGACUUCGGACACAUGGAGGCUGUGAACCUGCUGAGCUCAAACAGAUACACAGAAAAGCAGAUCGGUUACCUUUUCAUCUCUGUGCUGGUGAACUCGAACAGUGAGCUGAUCCGCUUGAUCAACAACGCAAUUAAGAACGACCUGGCCAGCCGCAACCCCACCUUCAUGGGGCUGGCCUUGCAUUGCAUUGCCAAUGUGGGCAGCCGCGAGAUGGCCGAGGCUUUUGCUGGGGAGAUUCCUAAGAUCCUUGUAGCUGGAGACACCAUGGACAGCGUGAAGCAGAGCGCUGCCUUGUGCUUGCUACGCUUGUACAGAACUUCUCCUGACCUUGUUCCGAUGGGUGACUGGACAUCCCGAGUGGUCCACCUUCUCAAUGACCAGCAUUUGGGUGUGGUUACUGCCGCCACCAGUCUGAUCACCACUCUAGCGCAGAAGAACCCAGAAGAGUUUAAAACCUCCGUCUCUCUGGCUGUCUCGAGACUGAGCCGGAUUGUGACGUCCGCGUCCACAGACCUUCAGGAUUACACCUACUACUUUGUCCCGGCACCCUGGCUAUCAGUCAAGCUUCUGAGGCUGCUGCAGUGCUACCCACCCCCAGAAGAUCCUGCGGUACGAGGCCGCCUGACAGAGUGCCUGGAGACUGUCCUGAACAAAGCCCAGGAACCACCAAAGUCAAAGAAAGUUCAGCACUCAAAUGCAAAGAAUGCUGUGCUCUUUGAGGCCAUCAGCUUAAUCAUUCACCAUGACAGCGAGCCCAACCUGCUGGUGCGUGCCUGCAACCAGCUGGGCCAGUUCCUACAGCAUCGUGAGACCAACCUGCGCUACCUGGCCCUGGAGAGCAUGUGUGCACUGGCCAGCUCCGAGUUUUCCCACGAGGCCGUCAAGACGCACAUCGACACCGUCAUCAAUGCCCUGAAGACCGAGCGGGAUGUGAGUGUGCGGCAGCGGGCUGUGGACCUCCUCUAUGCCAUGUGUGACCGCAGCAAUGCCCAACAGAUUGUGGCUGAGAUGCUGAGCUACCUGGAGACGGCCGACUACUCCAUCCGAGAAGAGAUCGUGCUGAAGGUCGCCAUUCUAGCCGAGAAGUACGCUGUGGAUUAUGCCUGGUAUGUGGACACCAUCUUAAACCUGAUACGGAUCGCGGGUGACUAUGUGAGUGAGGAGGUGUGGUACCGAGUCAUCCAGAUUGUCAUCAAUCGAGAUGAUGUGCAGGGCUACGCUGCCAAGACCGUGUUCGAGGCCCUUCAGGCCCCAGCGUGCCAUGAGAACCUGGUCAAAGUGGGUGGCUACAUCCUAGGGGAGUUUGGAAACUUGAUCGCUGGGGACCCCAGGUCCAGCCCUCUGGUCCAGUUCAACCUGCUGCACUCCAAGUUCCACCUGUGCAGUGUGCCCACCCGGGCGCUGCUGCUGUCCACCUACAUCAAGUUUGUGAACCUCUUCCCGGAGGUGAAGACCACCAUCCAAGAUGUGCUGCGCAGUGACAGCCAGCUGCGGAAUGCAGAUGUGGAGCUGCAGCAGCGUGCUGUGGAGUAUCUGCGGCUCAGCACUGUGGCCAGCACCGACAUUCUGGCAACUGUCCUGGAGGAGAUGCCCCCAUUCCCAGAGCGCGAGUCCUCCAUCCUGGCAAAGCUCAAGAAGAAGAAGGGCCCGAGCACGGUGACAGACCUGGAGGACACCAAACGGGAGAGGAGUGUGGACGUAAACGGGGGUCCCGAACCUACACCGGCCAACACCAGUGCUGUGUCUACACCUUCUCCAUCAGCAGACCUGCUGGGUUUGGGGGCACCCCCUGCCCCUGCAGGGCCCCCACCCUCCUCUGGUGGUGGGCUACUCGUGGAUGUGUUCUCAGACUCUCCCUCUGCAGUCGCCCCUCUUGCUCCCGGCUCUGAAGACAACUUUGCCAGGUUUGUUUGUAAAAAUAAUGGUGUGUUGUUUGAAAACCAGCUGCUUCAAAUUGGACUUAAGUCUGAAUUUCGGCAGAAUUUAGGUCGGAUGUUUAUAUUUUAUGGUAACAAGACCUCCACGCAGUUCUUAAAUUUCACUCCAACGCUGAUCUGUCCAGAUGACCUUCAGUCUCGUCUGAACCUGCAGACCAAGCCUGUGGACCCGACUGUGGACGGGGGUGCCCAGGUGCAGCAGGUGGUCAACAUUGAGUGCGUGUCUGAGUUCACAGAGGCUCCGGUCCUCAACAUUCAGUUCAGGUAUGGGGGCACCUUCCAAAACGUGUCUGUCCAGCUGCCUAUCACCCUCAACAAGUUUUUCCAGCCCACAGAGAUGGCAUCUCAGGAUUUCUUCCAGCGGUGGAAGCAGCUGAGCAAUCCACAGCAGGAAGUGCAGAACAUCUUUAAGGCAAAGCACCCAAUGGACACAGAGAUCACCAAAGCGAAGAUUAUUGGGUUUGGUUCAGCACUUCUUGAAGAAGUUGACCCUAACCCUGCCAAUUUUGUGGGAGCUGGCAUCAUACACACCAAAACCACCCAGAUCGGAUGCUUGCUGCGCUUGGAGCCCAACCUGCAAGCCCAGAUGUACCGACUCACCCUGCGGACAAGCAAAGAAACUGUUUCCCAGAGGUUAUGUGAAUUGCUGUCAGAGCAGUUUUAAUCAACAAGGACAGAACAGACUCAUGUGUUUCACCCAGGCUUUCUGGCACCUCAAGACCGAGGAGAGUGCAGCAAGCUCAAGAGGCCCCAGGAGCCAAGGCCAGUGCUCUGAGGUUGGUGCAGACAGAGGUGGAACCGAUUUGUCCUGAACACAUAGCUGCACCAGCCCCUGAUGGUGCUAAGGGGGUGGGAAGCCAGGUCAGCCCUGUGGUUUGGCAGAGCCAUGCUUUUUGCUGCCUGAUGUGCUGCGUGGCUCAAAGCCUCCAGCCGUGAGGGGCAUGAGAGUGAGUGGCCACAUAUGUGAGGUACUGCCUCUCCCCCCACCCCACUGUUAGCUCCUGCUGUGCAGGUCCUAGGGGCAGUUGCAGGGUCAUGUCCAACCCAGAGUCCUGGUGGCCCCAUGCUGUGAAAUCUGUGUAAUCUGUGUGUCUCAUGUUCCAUCCAGCAUACUGGACUUGGGCCAGAGGGGGAACAGUAUCAGAGUAACCAGCACCUGCUGUGCUGGCUCUUCUAUGUCCUGUGGCAGCCGUGGUCACUGGUGGUGCCCUUGUGUCUAACCCAAACCAGCCACACUUCUGGGCUGGGCUGUGCAGCUGGAGGUAUGUCACCGUUCCCCUUGUGCAGGCUGCCAGACAGCACCUUGUUGCCAGUGUGUGCUCAGGCUCCACUGCAUGGGCCCAGUGGACAGCCAGGCCUCUGGAGCUUGCUGAUAAGUUACCUACAGAUUAGUGGGAUGAUUCCCUGUGUUAUCAGCCCCUCCCAUGAGCAGAGGAGAGGCCUUCCCUGUGCACUGCUCCAUAGGUGGGCCCACCAGUGCAGUGUGCUCCUUGUCAAAGAAAAAUAAACACUAGAACAUAGA